GAAAAGAGAGGAUGCAGAAGGACUCGGUUUUCGAAAAAUGGAGGAAGAGCCAUCUACCACGGUGGCUUUUCCGAGCAAAGAUGCAGCCAUCAGCAGCCUGAUUUUGCCUCACCCGGCGACCCAAUCUUAGGUCACCGAUUUUCUAUCCUUCUCUUUAUUUGUUGAAAUUUGUAAUUGUUGAGUUCUAUGGCUCUGUAGGGAAGAUCAGCUGCAUGGUUGCUAUUGACAUGGAAGACUAGCUUCUUGUUCCAGAGUCAGCGACUCUGGCGUCGUAGCUUAAGUCUCGUCAGCCGGAGACCAAUGAAUGGCUGAGAGGUGGUAGAGGCAAAACGGGUAUAUUGAAAUAAGGAGAUCCUAUCAGUGGUGCAUUCAUUGUCCCCAAAAGACAAGAAGUUCGUUCAUAUAUAAAAAAGAGCUGAUCAGAUCCGCAUAAUCACUCUAUCACCAUAUUCUCAAAUUACCUCGACUCUGGAGAGUUUGGCCCUAAUUAAACAAGCGUGCUUUCGAUUGUGGAUCUUUGCGUUUUGCAAUAUGGCUUCCUCUUUUGUUGGAGGGACUAAAGAAAAGUACGAUGUCUUUCUCAGUUUUAGAGGCCCAGAUACUCGCCAGACUUUUACCAGUCAUCUUCAUGCUGCGCUGAUAAGGAGGAAAGUGGAAACCUACAUUGAUUACAGACUUGAGAGAGGAGAUGAAGUUGGAUGCGCCCUUAAAAAAGCAAUCAACGAAUCAAAGAUUUCCGUGAUCAUUUUAUCAGAAAACUAUGCUUCUUCCACAUGGUGCUUGGAUGAACUUGCUUAUAUACUGGAAUGCAAAACGAUACAUGGACAAUCUGUUAUUCCAAUUUUUUAUGAGGUAGACCCAUCACAUGUACGCCGCCAGAUCGGAACUUAUGAAACAGCAUUUUCCGAACAUGAACAGAGGUUCAAGGACAAUCCGGACAAGGUGGCCAAGUGGAAGGCAGCCUUAGUAGAAGCAGCCAAUCUAUCUGGGUUUGAUUCAACAGCUAUUCGGGAUGAUUACAAAUUAGUUGAGGAAGUUGUCAGUGAUGUGUUGGCUAAACUGAAACGUGAACCAUCAAUCGAUUUGACUAGUUUGAUUGGAGCUGAAGGCCGCAUUCAGAAAAUUCUAUUGGAAUUAGACAUUAUCCCCGACGAUGUUCGUGUUCGCUGUGUAGUUCUCUGGGGUCCGGGUGGUAUUGGCAAGACCACCCUCGCUGAGGCUGUUUAUCAUGGACUCUCUUCUCAAUUCGAACCCCACUAUUUUCUUGCAAACGUUAGGGAACUAUCAGGUACCAAACGAGCUUUCUCUCCUGAACUGCGUGCUUUGCGAAAUGAACUUUUGAGACACCUACUAGGGGAUAGCAAUUUGAAUAUUACAAGUCCAACUAUAGAUAAUGCUACUAAAUCAAAGCUCUGUCGUGCCAAAGUCCUUGUUGUUCUUGACGACGUGAAUGAUUCAAGCCAAUUAAGAUAUUUAGCUGGAGAAGUUCCGUUUGGCCCAGGAAGUAGAAUAAUUGUAACAACUCGAGACAUGCAGCCAGUCAAGGACACUCUACUAGUGAAGAAUAUAGCUGACUAUGAUGUUAAGAUAUACAAGGUGGAGCAAUUAAACAAUGUUGAAUCUCUUCAGCUCUUGCAAUCAAAUGCUCCUAUGCAUGCAGGAAAUUCACAAUUUUUGAAGAAACUGGUAGAUUAUGCUGCAGGCAUCCCAUUAGCCCUUGAAAUUUUGCAUCGGAAAUUCUAUACAUGCAAGACGGAAGAACAACUGGUCCAGUUGUGGGCUAAAUUGAAAAAGUUUCCGGACGAAAAACUUCGAAAUGUGUACACAGCAAGUUAUGAUGGAUUAGAAAGAAACGAGAAGGAGAUUUUCCUUGAUUUAGCAUGUUUCCACAAAUGGAAGAAACGUUGUGACACAGAAAGAAUCUUAGCUGCAUGUGGUUUAUUUCCAGACGGAAUUGAUAUUCUCAUUGACAUGUCUCUCAUAUCAAUCAAAGGUGACUGCAUAUGUAUGCAUGAUGUGAUCCAAGAGAUGGCUUGGGAGACUGUCCGUGAAGAAAGUCCUCAAAAACCCGAAAAGCGCUCUAGGUUGCACAAUUACGAGGAUGUUUGUACUGUAUUGGAAGGGAAUAAGGGAACUGCAAACAUGCAUUGUAUUUCAUGCAGACAUUAUAAUGGAGCAAAGCAGCUAAAGUGGGUUCAACAAGCUUUCUUCGGGAUGUAUAACUUAAGAUUUCUAAUGUUGUCUGAUAUAUAUCAUCUUGACGGCAUGGAAGAUCUAGGUUAUCUUCCUGAUGCCCUUCGCUAUCUCGAUUGGAAUGAGUACCCUUUGCAAUCUUUGCCAUCAAAGUUUUCACCAGACAAUCUUGUUGAGCUUCAUAUGCCCUGGAGCAAACUCAAGAGACUUUGGGGAAAAAGCCAGAAUCUUGAGAACUUGAAAACAAUCAAUCUUGGUUACUCCCUGGACCUGGCUGCAGUUGGAGAGCUGUCAGAUAGUGUGAAAAUUGAGAGUAUAAAUCUUGAAGGUUGUGAAAGUUUGGUUGAAGUUCCGGAUUUGUCAAAUUGUACAUACAUAAAGAGUAUAAAUCUCACAGGCUGUAUAAAUUUGGUUCAAGUUCCAGACCUGUCAAACAGUUUGAACAUCGAGCGUAUAAAUCUCGCAGGCUGUAAAAGUUUGGUCCAAGUUCCUUCAUACUUUCAAAGGUUCACCAAGCUUACGCAUCUGGAUUUGCAACGUUGCUCGGAGCUUCGUAUUUUACCGGAUUUACCAGGCAACAUAGAAUCAUUAGACUUAAUUGGAACAGCCAUAGAAGAAUUGACAGCUUCAGUUUGUUCUCUAGAAAAACUCCAUAAAUUGAAUCUUAAAUGGUGUAGCUUCAUAAAGAAAUUUUCAAGCACUCCAUGGAAGAUGAGAUCCCUCAGUGAUCUUUGUUUGAGAGGGACAAAGAUAGAAAGGGUGCCUUCAUUCUCGUAUAUGACUGAGAUUACUUCACUUGACCUGAGAUCUUGCUAUCGCCUUGUCAGUCUCCCGGCUGAUAUUUGUGAGUUGAAAUAUCUCGAGACUCUUGAUCUCUCUGGUUGCUCUAAUUUCACCACAUUUCCGGAAAUUGUGGAGCCUUUGGAACAUCUUCAGGAUCUGAAUUUAAGUAAGACAAAUCUUAAAGAGCUGCCAUCAUCGUUCGGGAAUCUUGUCGGGAUUAGGAAAUUGAGUUUAUCUGCCUGUACAAACCUCGAAUCACUCCCAAACACCUUCUACAAUUUGAAGCUUCUCAAGCGGUUCUCACUUUGUGGCUGUGUCCAGCUAAAGGAGUUGCCUCUCUCGUUCAUUUUGUCCUCUUUGACACAUCUAGACCUUGAAGGGUGUAGAUUGUUAAAAGAAAUUCCUGAUUGCUUUAUUAGCUUUCCCACAUUGCAAUUCUUGGAUCUAAGCGGAACCAUGAUCAAGACAAUAUCUCCGAGCAUCAAAGGAGUUUCUGGGCUCAAGUCUCUGAGAGUUAGAAAGUGCAAGUGGCUUCAAUCUCUGCCAGUGCUCCCAUGUCUUUUAGAAAAGUUGGAUGCAGAAGGGUGCACGAGUCUGAAGACGGUGUCAGUUUCAGUGACUGCACAUACACAAGGUUUGGAUGAAAUGCUUUCUGAGAUGGAGUCUAGUAUAUCAAAUGAUUUCAGGACAGAAUCCCAUUCGUUUUUGGGUUGUGUUAAAUUGGAUAAAAUUUCAAAGAGUCACAUAAUGGAUGAUGCAUUCUUCAGAAUCAUGCGAUUGGUGACUAUUCAUAAACUGAAACGUUCAACAUGUGAUAAUGUAGCGGUGAUUUGUCCGGGAGAUAAAAUUCCAAAAUGGUUCAACUAUCAAAAGCCGCAGGGAUCUUCAUUGAAUAUUAAGCUUCCCCUGCACUGGUCAGAUGAUUCCAACUUCUUGGGGUUUGCUCUCUGCUCUGUUUUUGAAAUAUCCGCACAUAGGGAGAUUCUUCGGUGUGACUGUGAGAUGACUCUCAAAAACCGCAAUGGUGAAACUCAUACUGUCAAAUUGGGAACAGAACAUUUCGUGUCUAGUGCCGUGACGUUUGAAACAGAUCAUAUGUUUGUGUGGUAUGUCCAUGGAAUUUCAGAUGAAGCAAAAUUGUCUACGGAAGCCUCUUUUCACUUCUAUACAGAAGUCGGCGGUGAUAAGUUAUAUAACGUGAAAAGAUGUGGGGUCUGCUUUCUUGGAAAUGUGUACAGAGCCAGUUAUGAUGGAUUAGAAAGAAACGAGAGGGAGAUUUUCCUUGAUUUAGCGUGUUUCCACAAAGGGCAGAAACGUUGUGAUGCAGAAAGAAUCUUAGCUGCCUGUGGUUUAUUUCCAGAGAUCGGAAUUGAUAUUCUCAUUGACAUAUCUCUCAUAUCAAUCGAAGACGGCUGCAUAUGGAUGCAGGACGUGAUCCAAGAGAUGGCUUGGGAGACUGUCCGUGAAGAAAGUCCUCAAAAACCCGAAAAGCGCUCUAGGUUGCACAAUGAAGAGGAUAUUUGUCGUGUAUUGGAAGGGAAUAAGGGAACUGCAAACGUGCAAAGCAUUUCCUUCAGUAAUUAUAAUAAUUAUAAUUACGAUUACAAGCUAAAGUUGGAUCCUCGAGCUUUCACAGGGAUGGCUAGCUUAAGAUAUCUUAAGCUUCAUAGAAAUCAUCACAUGCAAUAUCUAGAGUGUCUUCCUGAUGCGCUUCGGUAUCUCGAUUGGAAUGAGUACCCUUUCCAAUCUUUGCCAUCAAAGUUUUCACCAGACAAUCUUGUUGAGCUUCAUAUGCUCAACAGCAAACUCAAGAGACUUUGGGGAAAAAGCCAGAAUCUUAGUAACUUGAGAAGGAUCGAUCUUAGUUGGUCCAGUGACCUGGCUGAAGUUGGAGAGCUGUCUAAUAGUGUGAAUAUUGAGAGUAUAAAUCUUGAAGGUUGUGCAAGUUUAGUUGAAGUUACGGAUUUGUCAAAGUGUACACAUAUAAAGAGUAUAAAUCUCGCAAGCUGCGAAAAUUUGGUUCAAGUUCCAGACCUUUCAAACAGUUUGAACAUUGAAAGUAUAAAUCUGGGAGACUGUGAAAUUUUGGUCGAAGUUCCUUCAUACUUUCAAAGGUUCACCAAGCUUACUCAUCUGAAUUUGAGACGUUGCUCGGAGCUUUGUUUUUUACCAGAUUUACCAGGCAAGAUAGAAUUCUUAGAUUUAAGUGGAACUGCAAUAGAAGAAUUGCCACCAUCAGUUUUUUCUCUUGAGAAACUUCUUCGAUUGAAUCUUGACUUCUGUAGCUCCAUAAAGAACUUUUCAAGCACUCCAUGGAAGAUGAGAUCCGUCAGUGAUCUUUGUUUGAGAUGGACAAAGAUAGAGAGGGUCCCUUCAUUCUCGUAUAUGACUGAGAUUACUUCACUUGACCUGAGAUCUUGCUAUCACCUUGUCAGUCUCCCGUCUGAUAUUUGUGAGUUGAAAUCUCUCGAGACUCUUGAUCUCUCUGAUUGCUCUAGUUUCACAACAUUUCCGGAAAUUGCUGAGCCUUUGAAACAUCUUCAGGAUCUGAAUUUAAGUAAGACAAAUCUUAAAGAGUUGCCAUCAUCGUUUGGGAAUCUUGUUGGGAUUAGGAAAUUGAGUUUAUCUUGCUGCACAAACCUCGAAUUACUCCCAGACAGCUUCCAGAAUUUGAAGCUUCUCAAGUGGCUCUCACUUUGUGGCUCUGUCAAGCUAAAAGAAUUGCCUCUCCCGAUCACUUUGUCCUAUUUGACACAUCUAGACCUCCAAGGCUGUGAAUUGUUAAAAGAAAUUCCUGAUUGCUUUACUAGCUCUACCGCAUUGAAAUUCUUGGAUCUAAGUGGAACCAUGAUCGAGACAAUACCUCCGAGCAUCAAAGAAGUUUCUGGGCUCAAGUCUGUGAGAGUUAGAAACUGCAAGGGGCUUCAAUCUUUGCCAGUGCUCCCAUAUCUUCUAGAAAAGUUGGAUGCAGGAGGGAGCACGAGACUUGAGACGGUGUCAGUUUCAGUGACUGCACAUACACAAGGUUUGGAUGAAAUGCUUUCAGAACGGAAUUCCAGGACCGAAUUCCAUUCAUUUUUGGGUUGCGUUAGUUUGGAUAAAAUUUCAAGGAGUUGCAUAAUGGAUGAUGCGCGCUUCAGAAUCAUGCGAUUGGCGACUAUUCGGAAAACUAUUCGUAAACUGGACGCAGGUAUAUAUAGUGAAGCACGGGUGAGUUGUCCAGGAAAUGAAAUUCCAAAAUGGUUUAGUUGUGAAACGCCGGGAUCUUCAAUGAAUGUUAAGCUCCCUCUCCAUUGGUCUGAUGAUUCAAACUUCUUGGGUAUUGCUCUCUGCUCUGUUUCGGCGGCACUUUUUUCACGAGAUCCCGAUGGUCCAUAUUAUCCCUAUCAUAAUCGCUGUGAGAUGAUUCUCAAAACCAACAACGGUGAAACCCAUACUGUCAAUUUCGUAACCGAUGAAUAUAAUAUUUUCAGGUAUGAUACAGUCCAAGAGACAUUCGGAACAGAUCAUAUGUUGGUGUGGUUGACAACACACCAUAUUUCAGAUGAAGCAAAACGGGCUAUGGAAGCAUCUUUUAACUUUAUAAAAGUUGGUGGUAACAUGAAAAAAUGUGGGGUGUGCUUUCUGUAUGCCCAAGAUGAUGAUGCUCUGAAUUUUGAAGUCAUUCCUCCACAACAGGUUACUAGCGGAAGUCCACUGCCUGAUCACUUUGUUCAUGGAGAUGAUAGUAUAAUUGAAAGUGAACCUUCUACAGCUUUCAGUUUACUACAACUGAAAGACGCGGAGGAGCAACAUAUUGGAUGAUGCACGCUUCAGAAUCAUCUGGAUGGCCUUGGAAUCUUGUACGUCUCUCUCUCUCUCUCUCAGGCUUAUAUAUGGUGUAUAUGUGCCUGCAGUAACAUACGGUGAACUACUGGUGAUCUGUCCGGGAAAUGAAAUUCCAAAAUGGUUUUAACUGUCAAAUGGAGGGUUCUUCAAUGGAGAUUAAGCUUCCUCUGCAUUGGUCUGAUGCUUCAAACUUCUUGGGCAUUGCUUUCUGCUCUGUUCCAGCAAUCUCUCCCUAUUUUGGGUGUGGAUGUGGGAUGAUUCUCAUAACUAACAGUGGUGAAACACAUGGUGUCAACUUGGGCAUAAUCCCCUGGUCUAGUGCCGAGGCGGUCGAAACAGAUACUAUGUUGGUGUGGUAUGAUGAAGUCCAUAAAUUUUCAGAUGAAGCAAAAUGGUCUUGAUUCAUGGAACUUGGACUACAUUCUAGCCUUCUUGAUUCAUGGACGUAAAAAGGUAUGGAAUCUGUUUUCUGUAUGCCCAAGAUGAUGGUGCUCGAUUUCAAUUCCUCAAGUUAUUACUUGUAGCAGCUUUGGGGUUGAAUACUUGAAUCUAGUGGCAUAUCUGAUCACUUUGUCAAUGAUCGUGAAACCUACGGUGAGUAUUAGAGAAUAUAUGAUAGUUGAGUCUGAACAUUCUACUUAAUAAUGUUGUUAUGAUGGAAGCUUCAAGUUGUGUUCAUUCCCGUAAAAGGGAACUAUUAGUAGCUUUCUGUAUUCAAUUAAGUUGUGUUCAUUCCCGUGUAUUGCUACUACAUUUCUACAUUCAAUUAAGUUGUGUUCAU